UUUCCACAGAAGCUUUCAUCGCAAUACAAGGCACGCACACACUGCUUCUUCUUCUCUCCUUAUAAAAACCGCCGUCCCUCCCAUUCGCUCUUGCCAUCCAUCCCCAUCCUUCCCUCCCUCCCCUGAGCCGAGCCGUGCUGUGAGGGUGGGGGGCAAGGCAAACUAGUCAAUCCGUCCCAGUCUCCUUUCCUUCCAUCCUUCUGCUCAGGCCGAGGUCUCCGUCUCCCCUGCCUCGCCUCCUACCAUGGCUGCCAGGUGGGCCCCGCCGGCCGGCCUCCUGCUGCUCCUGCUGCUGGCGGUCCUGCUGCCGGCGCGCGCGGACAGGCCGGCGAGGACCGCCCACGCGGACGACGACCCGGAGGCCUCCUCCGCCGUGUUCCAGCUCUACGGCAACGUCUACCCCCACGGGUUGUACUACGUGGCCAUGAACAUUGGCAACCCGGCGAAACCAUACUUCCUUGACGUCGACACCGGCAGCGACCUCACCUGGCUGCAGUGCGACGCCCCCUGCGUCAGCUGCUCCAAGGUGCCACACCCGCUCUACAGACCAACAAAGAACAAGCUGGUACCGUGUGUUGAUCAGCUGUGCGCCUCUCUGCAUGGCGGCCUCAGUAAAAACCACAAGUGCGACUCACCGAAGCAGCAGUGUGACUAUGAAGUUAAGUAUGCCGACCAGGGUUCAUCCCUUGGCGUGCUCGUCAACGACAGUUUUGCAGUCCGCCUUGCGAAUGCCUCCGUUGUCCGCCCCAGUCUUGCAUUCGGGUGUGGGUAUGACCAGGAGGUCGGGAGCAGCACUGAGGUUGCGCCCACUGAUGGUGUGCUUGGGCUUGGGAGUGGAUCGAUCAGCCUGCUUUCACAGCUCAAGCAGCAUGGUAUCACCAAGAACGUGGUUGGCCACUGCCUCAGCAUGAGAGGAGGGGGAUUCCUCUUCUUUGGGGAUAAUCUCGUGCCUUAUUCACGUGCAACAUGGGUACCAAUGGCUAGGAGUGCAUUCAGGAAUUAUUACUCACCUGGCUCAGCAAGCCUGUAUUUUGGUGGCCGGUCGCUUGGCGUGAGACCAAUGGAAGUAGUAUUGGACAGCGGAAGCUCGUUCACCUACUUUUCUUCACAGCCAUAUCAAUCGCUUGUCACUGCACUUAAGGGUGAUCUAAGCAAGGCGCUGAAAGAGGUGUCUGACCCCUCUCUGCCUCUAUGCUGGAAAGGAAAGAAACCAUUCAAAUCCGUGCUUGAUGUCAAGAAGGAGUUCAAAUCAUUGGUUCUGAACUUUGCCAAUGGCAAGAAGGCACUCAUGGAGAUCCCUCCUGAGAACUACCUCAUCGUCACUAAAUACGGGAAUGCAUGUUUGGGCAUCCUUAACGGAUCAGAGAUUGGACUCAAGGAUCUGAACAUUGUUGGAGAUAUUACAAUGCAGGAUCAGAUGGUGAUAUAUGACAAUGAGAGAGGGCAGAUUGGAUGGAUCCGAGCACCCUGUGAUAGAAUCCCCAAUGAAAAUACCAUUCAUGGAUUUGAGGAAGGUUAUUGUUGGCCCCAGUUCCCCAGCAUCUUUGGUAUUCAGAAUGAAGAAUGUGCAGCUUACUACCGUUCGAACAAAGAGUGAAUAACAAGGGGAGGCCAUUGGGUUGAUGGAUGGACAAAAAUAAUCAUCCAGGGAGGCUCUAUACACGAAGUUAGGAACGUGUAUUCUUUAGAAAAGAGAGAAAAAAAAAUCUGGUAGCCUGUAAUCAUCGCCAUGUGCAUAUGAAAUAUAUAAUUAUUCCGUUCUUAUGAA